AUGUAUAGGCGCAUCGAUAUUAGGAGAGGCGCUGGUGGCUUGUAUGGAAGACAAGUAUUCAUCAGUGGUAUUGCGUUCAAGGAAGGUGUGGUAGACUAUGCUCUGAAAACUGGCCGAAACAUCAAACAAAACCGGUAUGAUAAGACGAAGCUGGAGUUUGUCUGUUCGGGGAAGGGCUGUAGUUGGCGCAUAUACUGCUCAUCUUCGGGAAAGUCUCCUAACAAGUGGCAAGUGAAGAUAUUGAAGGAAGCUCAUUGUUGUGUUCCCAUUGGUACAUGUGAGCUGCUGAAAUUUCCGGUAAUUGCACGGCUGUUUGUUGACAAGAUUCGAGAAGAACCCGAGUACUUCAUGCCAAUGAAGAAUGAUGAGUUAGUUAUGGAUAAAUGGAAGCUUAUUGUGACAAGGCCUCAAUGUCAACAUGCUAGGAAAAAAGCAUUAAGGUGGAUUGAACGAGAGUAUGAUGAGCAGUUUAGUCGCCUUCGUGAUUAUUGCUCAGAGAUAAAGGUGUCAAAUGAGAACUCAUUCUAUGUCUGUUUCGACGUACUUAGGAAAACCUGGAAAAACAAUUGGAGGCCUCUCAUAGGAGUAGAUGGAUGUUUCUUGAAGUCAAAGUUGAAAUGUCAGUUGCUGGUGGCCUUAGGUCGUGAUGCUGAUAAUGCAAUUUACCCAAUCGCAUGGGCUGUGGUACAAGUCGAAAGCAAGGAGAAUUGGCGGUGGUUUAUGAAGAAGGUCAGAGUUGAUCUUGAACUAAACGAUGGAGAUGGUUUUAUACUUGGAUUGAUUGCUGCCGCUAAGAUGGAAUUGCCUCGUACUGAGCACAUGAUGUGUGUAAGACACAUCUAUGGUAACUUGAAGAGUCGACAUGGGAAGAAACCAGAACUGAAACGACUGAUUUGGAACCUUGGUUGGAGCUAUAAUGAAGCUGAUUACAAGGUAAAUCUAUUGAAGAUAUUGGCCUAUGACGAAGAGAUAUAUGAUGAUGUGAUGAAGUCAAAACCGGAGACUUGGUGUAGAGCAUUCUACAAGCUUGGACCAUGUUGUAAAGCCCGAGACAAACCUUUUGUGCCGAUGCUUGAGACAAUUGCUCGUCUGGCCAUGGUUCGUAUAGCGAAACGCGAUGUGACUGCCACCAGUUAUGAAGGCCUUGGCACACCAUAUGUGGUAGACACUCUUGCGGAGUUGCAUGAGAAAGCUUUGGAAUGUACGGUUCGACCGUCAACCAACAUGACAUAUGCUUCUACUCUCAAUGGUUGUUCAUAUAGAGUAAGCUUGACCAAUAGAACAUGUUCAUGCCGGAGAUGGGAGAUCACUGGUAUUCCUUGUGAACACGUCUAUGGUGUUAUGUUGAACAAAGGUUUGGAAGCUCAAGACUAUGUCGAGCACUGGUUUAGGGCAGAAACAUGGAAGAAAAUUUAUGCUGAUGGUAUUGUUCCUUUACGAGGAGCCAAAUUUUGGCCAGUAGGACCGGAACCUCCAAUUCUCGAGCAUGACCCUCCUGAUCAGCCAGGUUGCAAGAAGGUUACUAAAGCUGAUAAAAAGAGGAAGAAAAGCGUUAAUGAGUCCCCGGUGAAAAAGACAGAUAAGAUAUUGAAGCGGAUUAUGCAUUGUUCGAUCUGCGGGGCUGCAAAUCAUAACUCACGGUUCCAUAAUAAGAGACCUAAAAAGGCCUCUUUGGGUGAGGAGUCUUCUCAACCUGAAUCUUCUCAAACAGUUUGCACUCAGCAAGACAUUUGA